AUGGAAAAUAAUAAUAAUAUUGAUACAAUCACAGGUUCUGUUAUAGAAGUUGAUAAGAAUGGAUCAAAUUCAAUUAGUUCAGGUACUACGGCUAAUAUACCAUUACCAGAGAUUAAACGUGUAAAUAAAAGUUUUCAAAUGAGAGCUUUGACACGAAAAACUUUAUCCUAUCAGAAACGUCAAAUGUUUACAAAUAUUUGUUGUAUUACUUUAUGUCCAUUACUUAUGGUUGCUAUUGCGGGUAUAUUAGCAAUUGUAUUUAAAGGUUUUAUUGAUAAAAAUAAUCCUCCUAUAGAACUUUUAUUAUGUUCAAAUACAAAUGCAUCAGACCAAUAUGGAUUUUACUUAACUAAUUUUAGGGAAGAGGAUCAGGAUAAUAAAUUACCAUCUGAUGAAGUUCCAAAUUCAUCGGGUAAAACUGAUUUUGUUAGCUUGGUUAAUUUCUUCUUAGCACCUGAGGGGGAAAGUUUUUUUAAUGUAAUUGGCGAUCAAGAAUUUUGUGUUUACGUAUUUGGACAUGAUUAUCCCGUAUCUUUUCCUUAUCAAAAUUAUAUUGAUCCUAGUGAUAAUAGUUUAAGAAAAGAUACUACAUUCAUUCCGGAUCCUGCCAAUGUUUGGUUCAAUUUCCAGAAUAUUACCCAAGCUUAUUAUUUAUCGAAAACUCAAUCUUUACCUUGGUUUUAUAUUCAAUCAAAUAUAGAUAUUGGUGUAAAACAAAAUCAAACUGUAGAUUAUGCUGGUGUUAGUAAUUUUAAUAUUAGUAACACUCAAAAUAGAGGUAUCAUAGGUAAUACUAAUACUAAUUAUUUUGCAAAUUAUGCAAAUGAAUCUGGAUUUAAAUUAGGUGAUUUUCAACCCGUUCCAUACUUUAUUAAUUCAUCACAAAAUGAAGACGAUGAAAAAUUUGAUGAUUUAUUAACAAAAUCUAUUCAAAAAGUUAUUAAUGAAUUAUCAUUAAUUGACAAAGCAUUAUUAUGGAAAGAUGAUGUUACGACUGAUUUGAGUAGUUUUGCAACAUAUUAUAUAACAACUUCACCAAUUAUCAAUCAAAUGCCUUGGGGUAAUAUAUUACUGAAAUCAAUUAAUACAGAAAUUAGACAAUGGAAUUAUACUUUACAAAUAGGUCAAGAUGUUCGUCUCAAUGCAGCAUCAUCUUAUCCAAGUCAAGGUAAACGUAGAUUAGCUACUCAAACUGAAUUAAGUAAUGGAUUUAUUAGAACUGCUACCGAUCUUUCAAGGGGUUAUAAUAAUGAUGUUACAAUUACACCCAUGUAUCGAUUAUUUCCUCAAAUAAAACUUAUUGUUAUUGAUUUUCCUAUUGGACCUUUGGUGGGUGGACUUUUAUAUCCAUUCGGUGUUAUAUUUAUAGUAACUGGAUUCUUUUUUAAGAUGGAAAUAUUUACAAAAACUCAACCAGGAGUUUAUAUUCUUUUAUUAUUUAUUUGGGGUCAUAUAGAAAUAGCUUUAGCAUUUUUCUUUUCUUGUUUCUUUUCAAAAUCUAGAACUGCUUUAGUGGUAUCAUUUUUAAUAGUACUUUGUGGAAUUAUAGUUAGUAUAGCUAUUACAUAUACUUCUAGACAAGCAAAAUCUGAAAUUCCGAAUGGUUAUAAUUUUUGGCCACCUUUUGCUUUUUGUAAUGCAUUGUCUGAAAUUAAUUAUCAAAGUGCUAGUAAAACCGAAGAAGCAUAUAGAAUGAGUGAUUUAAUUAUAGGAAAUCCUAAUAUGGAGUUAAUAAACCUUGAAAAAGGUAUUAAAGACAUAGAUGAAGAUGAAACUAAAUUUGAAGAUUUGGAUGUUAAAGAAGAAAGACAACGAGUUUUAGAAGAUGCUUAUGAUCCAGAUUCACCACUAAUAAUAAAGAGAAUGAGAAAAGCUUAUUCUAGUGGAAAAUUAGCUGUAAAAGAUGUUACAUUCGCAGUUGAUAGAAAUAUUAUUUUUGGACUUUUAGGUCCAAAUGGAGCAGGAAAGACAACAUUAAUUUCAAUUUUAACUGGUUUAUAUAAACCUUCAUCCGGAUCCGCUUCAAUAAAUAAAUACAAUAUUCGUACACAAAUGAAUGAAGUUUAUAGGUCAAUAGGUGUUUGUCCUCAACAUGAUAUAUUAUGGGAUGAUUUAACUGUAGUAGAACAUUUAUUAUUUUAUGCUAGAUUAAAAGGAAUUCCUGCUUCGGAUGAAAAAUUAGCUGUUCAGGUUGCUUUACAACAAGUUAGAUUAGAACCAUUUAAAAAUCGUUUAACCAAAGGGUUAAGUGGUGGUGAAAAGAGAAGAUUAUCAAUCGCUAUUUCAUUAAUUGGUAAUCCCGUCGUAAUAUUCUUGGAUGAACCUACUACUGGUUUGGAUCCGGAAGUUCGAAGAUUAAUUUGGAAUAUUAUAAAUGAAUCUAAAAAAGGUCGAACUAUUGUAUUAACCACUCAUAGUAUGGAAGAAGCUGAAGUUUUAUGUAAUAAAAUUGGUAUAAUGGCUAAAGGUACUUUAAGAUGUAUCGGUCCUCAAUUAAGAUUAAAAGAAAUUUAUGGACGUGGAUUUAAAUUAAUAAAACUUGACGCAUUUGUUACUAAUGUGUCUUACGAAUUUGUUCCUGAACCAGGAUUAAUACCAAAGCUAUUUAUAGAAAUUGAAAAAAAUAAGAAAAAAUAUGGAAUUGAUGAUUGGGAAGUAUUCUUACGAAUUAUUGGAGAAGAAGAUGCUGAAGCUGACUAA